UGUUGAUGGACAUAGCGUGUUUAGCUCCUUGUUUGUCGCAUUCUUAAUCUCUUUGUGCGUGUUUGUUGUUGUGAGGUGGGAGGAGGGCUGAACGGUUAUUUUUAUAUCCAAAUCGCGAUUUCUUUGCCCUGACACACCCUGAACUGGGUCGUUAUCUCGUUUAGCAGUGCACUUUGGCACCAGGCACACUAGUUCUGCAAUAAUAAAGCCAUAUAUGUGGAUGACGUUAGUCUUAUCACUGUGUCAUGAGUUGAAGACUGACAAUAAAAGCCAAAGUCCAGGAAACAAGACUUGGACUCUCGGACUUCUUGGAUACAAAACGAUCCUUUCGCUAGUCACUCAGGCAGACGUACUGAGGCUGUCUGCGAGUGAACAUUUGAAAGCUUGAAGGCUGAGGCGGUAUCUUCAUCAGGACCAUGGCAAGCCACGUCGAGGCCAGUCUCGAAUGUCCGGCCUGUUUGGAGAUCUUUAAAGAUCCUGUCAUGCUGCCGUGUACUCACAGCAUCUGCAAAGACUGUCUCCAGAAAUGGCCGAAACAGAAAGGCAGUUACUCCUGUCCAAUCUGUAGAACAGAGUUUAAUUCCAUCGAUUUGCCUUUGAACUUGGCACUGAGGAACGUGUGUGAGGCUUUUUCACUAGCCUCAAUUGAGUCGAAGGACAUCUCCAGCUUCUGCCAAGAGUGUCUCCGGAAAUGGUCGGAGCAGAAAGGCGGUCACUCCUGUCCAAGCUGUAGAACAAAGGUUAAUUCCAUGGAGAUGCCUAUGAGCUUCGCACUGAGGAACGUGUGUGAGGCUGUUUCACUAGGCUCAAUCGAGUCAAAGGACAUCUGCAGCUUGCACAAGGAGAAACUCAAACUCUUCUGUUUGGACCACCAGGAGCUUGUGUGCAUCAUCUGCAAAGAUUCAGAAAUCCACGAUGGGCACAAGGUCCGUCCCAUUGAUGAAUUUGCAAAAGGUUACAAAGAGAAACUCCAGGAAGUCCUGCAGGAUGCAAAGAAGAGCCUGGAAGUUCAUAACAAGAAAAGGGACAACUGGAAUCAAUGCUCCGAGUACAUCAAGGUUCAGAGGGAGCGUGUGGAAAGCAAGAUUAAGAAAGAUUUUGAGGAGCUUCGUCGCUUCCUGCAGGUUGAGGAGGAGGCCAGGUUGUCUGCUGUGAGGGAGGAAGAGAGGAACAAGACUCAGAUGAUGAAGGAGAAAAUUCAGGCUCUCAGCACAGACAUGGCCACUCUCUCAGACAUGAUCAGAACCGCAGAGGAUCAGCUCUUGUCUGACGUUUUCGUCAUGAAGAACUUCCAAACUGCAAUGAGCACAUUCCAGUUACCUGUCUUGUCCGAGCAGCUCCCAAGGGGAUCUCUCCUGGAUGAAGCCAAACACGUGGGCAACCUCAAGUUCACUGCAUGGGAAAAAAUGAAGGAGAUUGUUUCCUACAGUCCCGUCAUUCUGGACCCUAACACAGCCGGUGUAAGACUCAGUCUGUCUGAAGAUCUGACCAGCAUGAGUGCCGGUGAACAAAAGCAGCAUCACCAAAAUCCAGAGUGGUUUUCAGAGAACAUUCAGCGUCCCCAAAAUCCAGAGUGGUUUUCGGAGAACCUUGUGCGCGGUUCUGCUUUGGCCCUGCGUACUUGUACAAGUAUCUGGGAUUUUGAGUGUUAA